ACGCGUCGGGCGUCGAGGCCACAAGACGUGGUCGUACCAACAUCGCGCCGCGGGCCCAAGCCCCAGUUUGAAAUAGCGCGCGCGGUGGACACCACGUACGUUACGAAUUCAGUGUGGAAAAUAAUAAUAUUUCAAUAAAUCAUGGCAAACAUAAUGGAUUUGGCCACUGAGGACAAACUCGAAUACCACUUCUUCCCGGUAUCGAGCGGUUCCGUGCAGUUCAAAGUCAGAGCUGCCAACGAUGCACACAUUGCCCUCACCAUGGGUCCCCAAGAAAGCGACCCCAUGAUUGAGGUCUUCCUCGGAGGUUGGGGCAACACCAAGAGCGUGAUCAGGAGGAACAGAACCAAGCCAGACAAAGUUGAAAUCGAAACCGCCGGCAUUUUAAAUGGUGGUGAAUUCCGUGGCUUCUGGCUGCGUUGGGACGGUGGCAUUAUUUCCGCCGGUCGGGAAGGCGAAGCCAUUCCAUUCCUGUCUUGGGCAGACCCAGAACCAUUCCCAAUUGCCUUCGUCGGUGUAUGCACAGGAUGGGGCGCGACCGGCACAUGGAAGAUCGAAGAUGGUGCUGAAUUCAAUACUCCGGACCAGUUAGAGUAUAAAUUCGGACCCGUUGUCUCUGGUUCUCUGAGUUUUGAGUUUCGCGGUCCCCACAACUGCCAUGUAGCCCUGACACCAGCUCCCGGUGAAGUGGACCCUAUGUACGAAAUUAUGAUUGGUGGUUGGGAAAACACCAAGUCGGUUAUUAGACACUGCAGACAGAAACCCGAUAAGGUUGAGGUACCAACUCCAGGAAUUAUGAAUCCUAAUGAAUUCAGGAAAUUUUUGAUCGAAUGGAGAUGCGGCAGAGUGAUUGUCCGCGACGGCGAGUCAGGCAUGGUUAUCAUGGAGUGGGUGGACCCGACACCGUUCAGUAUCACACACUUCGGUGUGCGCACUGGCUGGGGUGCUCGCGGCCAAUGGCGUAUUAGCCACUUCGGCAAUCCCGGCGCUCAUUCCCUUGCUCCAUCGGCGCCCGUGGCAGCUCCUCUAUACGCUGCGCCACCCGGCUACCCCGGUGCUAUGGGGUACAACGCACCCCCGCCCGUGAUGGCUGGCGCCGGUAACUGGGUAGACGCCAGUGGCGGACAGAUCCCCCCUGGUGCCGUCGUCGGAGGCCAGGACUGCAGUGGCGAGCCGCUGUACGUCGCCAGAGCGCAGCACGAAGGCGCUGUCAUCCCCGGAAAGCUGUGCGCUUCCCAUGGAUGCGCCUACGUGCCAUGGGGUGGCCAGGAGCAUGGCAAACCUCAAUACCAGGUGCUAGUCGGCGGCCCCAACAACUGGGUGCGCACUAACGGCUCCAACGUGCCCCCCGGCGCGUUCCCCGGCGGUCAGUCGGAAGACGGUGAGCCUCUAUACGUCGGCCGCGUGAACCACGAGGGCAGUCUCACCACCGGCAAGGUGCAGCAGUCCCACGGCGUCUGCUACAUCUCCUUCGCAGGACAAGAGCUCGGCUUCCCCGACUACGAAAUCCUUAUGCCCUAGAUUUUAAUAUAAACUUCGAAAAUGAAUCUCACGAUUAUGCGUAGGAAUGUUACGGAAAACUGCUUCCACAUAAAAAAAUGAGCAAUUAAAUGGUGCAUUUGAGUACCAGCAUUAAGUCAUGUCACGCUGUGCCUGUUCGUCCGUAUGUUAAUGUUUAAUGCACUGCAUAAUUUUAUUUUAUCUGGUGUUGGUUAUGUAGCGCAUAACUGACGACAUCUAUAUGUAAUAAUAUUUUUGUUAAAUUAUUAUAAAAUAUUUACCUAUUUAA